GCCAUGGCAUUCGAUCGGACUGGGAUACGGAUACAACGCGCGAACCCAAUGCGUCCGCUGUUCCUGUUGUCGUAAAGUCAACGAUGACGCGCGGUUACCUUAUAACAACAGUGAUGAAAUAGCGAACACGCAUCGACGGACCGCGGUGGUAGUGAAUCUCCUAAGGAUGCUGAUAUCGGAGUGACGAGACGAUUAAAUUUGUUAUGAUGGAGUAGAUGUUGCGCAUGUAACGAAAUAUCUGUGACUAAGCGCGUCAGCCAGCGUUUUAUAAACAUCUAUUGGUGUCUGGUCUCUUUCCCGUUAGGGAUCGUGUCAGAAAAGAAAAUGGAAGAAAAACGCGGCAUAGGGAUAGUAGAGGAUGAGGAGCCAGAAGAAUCUGAAAAUAUAAUAAUUAAUGAAGUAGAUGGCCUUCCAAAUUUACAUCCAAAUUUUGAACAACUGCAGCUUGAAUUUGAUAGAGAAAGGCAUAUCGGUGACACAAGUAUCAGAUCCAUCGAUGAAUUAGUUCACGACGAAGAUCUACCAACUUCUGUAAUUGUUACCAAUGUGGAUCCUCGAGUUUUCAAGGGUGAAGAAUUGAAGCCAGCCAUAGAAAAUCUCUUCAAGCAAUUUGGGGAAGAUGCUACAUUUCAAUACUUUAGAUCUUUCAGAAGGAUGAGAGUAAACUACAGUUUUCCCAGUGCUGCGGCAAAUGCAAGACUACAGUUGCAUCAGACACAUUUCGGAGAAACUGAUAUCAAUUGUUAUUUUGCACAACCUGUGACACCCAUAGAUAUGGAAGAUCAGCAUCUUCAGCCACCUGCGCUCACCAAACAGUUCCUUAUAUCUCCUCCCGCUUCUCCGCCGGUUGGUUGGGAGCCACGUGAGGAAGGAGAGCCGCUCGUCAAUCACGAUCUAUUAGCCGCUAUAGCCAAUUUAUCCGCAGGUGGAAGUCACGAAUUGCAUCCAGCGGGCUCGGGACAGCCGGGCAUAGUGGUGCACGUUUGCGAGAACGCGAAUCCGACGAAAAAUGCGCCUCGCAUUCAGCACACGCGCUGUCCCGAACACUAAUUUUUUCCUCCUUUCGCUCGCGUCUCAGUUCGUCACGCGCCGCUCCGAAGGCCAUCCAGUAAGCAACUUUAAAUUAGAUUACUAUUAUACCGUACAAAGCUGAAACAAUUUACAACCGAUUGCUUGGGGUUGGUGUUGCCGGGUGAGCGGAAAGCGGAUGCGUUGUAAAAAGAUUACGGCUCGCAGACAACGACGCAGCGGCCCGGCACGAGUAUUUACAAAGCCGGCCGUGGGUAGCAGCGAUCUAUAAAUAUCACUUGUUGCUAUAUACAGAUGAAGAUAUAUAGAAUUUCAGUUGUGCGUUCAUCCGUCGAGAAUUCGCGGCGUGUCCUUGUAUAAUCUUUGUUUCUCACGGUAAUAGUUAACUCGGCAGAUUCGCAUAGUUCUUGGCCUACAUUGUUCCCAUGUUGUUUCGUUGAUAAUAGCGUUAACGAUUUUAUAUCAUGGAAGAUUACAGCCGAGCCGGUGAGAUGUUGUCGGAAACCAGAAUAUCGUGGAGGGAGGGAGGGAGGGACGGAAGGGGGAGGGCAGCGAUACGAUCGAAGGGAUUUUGCAGUUCUACCUCUCAUUAUCGGUGUGUGUUAUUUGUACUUCUAAACAGCACGUAAUGUUUAACAGUAUUGUUGUGAAUUCACAGAGAUGAUAACUAACGUUAUAGAGAAUAAUUAAUCGACAGAAUCAAAAAAAUAAUAAUAAUAAUAAGAAGGUCGGAGUUCAACGGCUUCCUCCUCUAUUUAUUUUUGGAUUGUUCCUUCUCUCUCUUAGAAGAUGCUUUGGAGAUUACGUCAGUCGAGUGUCGAGUUGAGUUUUGCGUGCAUGCGAAAAAAAAAGAAAAUAAAAAUCUAGGGAGAUAUAUGACAUUAAUAUGUAUGUGAUAUGUGUGUGUAUACGAAUGUACUGUUCUAAAAACUAUCGUUCUCUUCGUUCUGUGUUUUCGGUAGGAAGCUAGUUCACAUUAGCUUUAACAUUACACGCUAUCCUAUAAAUGGUCUCUUGUUAAUGAAGUUACGAAAAAAAAAAAAAA